AUGAUAAAAUUUCUUUCUUCGUUUUUUCAAAGUCAAACAAGCACGACAAUUAAUUCAACUGAAAUCGAUCAAGUUUAUAAAAAUCCCGAUUCGAAUAUUCUUGAAAAGGUACCUGCGGAAAUUAUUGUAAAAAUUAUGAGUUAUCUACUCGUAAAUGAUGUGAAUUAUUUUGGUCAAUCGUGUCGAGUUUAUUUUACUUUAUUAUUUGGACAAGAUUUAUCGAGAUUGAAAUCAAUUCAACAAAUUAAAAAGAGUUUCGUCUGGAGAAAUAUGGAAGAAAUAUUAAAAUGCAAUGAAUUGAAGAAGGAAUAUGAAAAAGAUGAGCUGGCAGUAAUGAUUCAAACCCAAAUAUGGAAACCUUUAGUUUCGUAUUAUUUUCCUCAAUUUGUUUCAACAUUGAACAUCAAAAAUUGGAUGCAUGUACUAAGGAGAAGGAUAACUCAUUUAAUAGUUCAUCAUUCAUCGAGUCUUCCUGUCAAAAAACACUUUCCAUCUGAACCAUUUAAGGAAAUCAAAACUUUGGAUGAUUUUAUGACCUAUCCACGAGAUACAGUAUUGCCAUUAGUUUCUUUCAUUGAAAACUGUUCAGACUGGGAAUACGAAUGUCCCUUAAAGAAUGCCAAAAUGUCAUUUGUCUCUCAACAAGUCAAUUUCUGUCAUGUCUGUAAAGAAAAUGUUUAUGAAGUGAGAAGUGAGGAUCAAUUUAUCGAACACGUUGAGAAGGGUCAUUGUGUGGCUUAUGGAAUGACUGGUGUUUCUAUUAAGGGAAAGAGAAAAUUCAAGUAA